GAUAAUACUAUUCUAAAUUAACAAAUAUACCCUAUAAUAUUACUUUGCACAAAUAUACCACCCUAUUAUACGUUUGUUUCAGUUUUCUCUUCGUUUUUUAUUCUCCCCUACUCUAUCCACCAGUCCUAAAAAAUUAAAUUAACAAACAGACGUUUCUAGGGUUAGGGUUUGCGAAUCUAAUCUUCAAACAAUCAAUAAAUUAAAAGCGAUUAAUCUGAUGGCAAAAUAAACCGGAGGAGGAGGAAGAAAAGAAAGGUCAGUAAUCUUGUAAGCCUCCAUAUCAGGGAUUUUGGGAGAUCUUCAGGUCCUUUCCCCCCACUUUAGCCUUCCCGCUAAAACGAAGUUCGGCCGCCUGGGACGCGCGUAAUCACCAGCAUUCGGAAAGGAGAUUCUCUCCCCGUUGUCUGGUUGGAGCGGAGCGGAGAGGGAGAUUUCUGGGCUUCACCGCCCUCUGGCCGUUGAAAUCCAUGAUCGGCAGCGCCCUAUGGACCCUUCCCAAUCGCACGCCCAAUCUCCGAUCAAUGAUGAAGACGAUGAAUGGGACAACGAUGGGUUCGUGAUUCCAAGCUUAGAAAUAGAUAGCAGAGAUCAAUCCACAAAGAAUGAUUCAGAAGUAGAAAUCCCCAAACCUCCUCCUCCAAAGGAUCAAAGGGAAGAAGAGCAGAUUUACUUAGGUCCGCACGGUGCACCACCUUCUCAAGCAAAGCAGCAGCAAGAAGUGAACUCAUCCAGCCGCAAGCAAAGAUUUAAGCAGACGCUGAAGGACGCUGACAAGAGGAUCAGCGGAACAGGGCGGGAGAAUAAGUUGGAGAAUCUGCGGGAACUAGUUGGUGGCGGCGGUGGUGGAGGAGGGAAAGCAGGCACCAAGAUGCAGCAGCAGCAGAAGACGAGCUCUUCUCCUAAGGAAUGGCUGGACCCUCAUUGCCAUGAAUCCCAGUUUGAGAAGUGGCAUCCACAGUGAACUCUACAGUUAGUUUGAAGAUUUAACAAUCCGUUAGAAACAUCAGCUUGUCCUGGCCAUGCUUGCUGACAACGAUAUUAAUAAUCAUUUAGCUGAACCUGUUGAUGCUGGUUUUUUGCCCAGUUCCAUCGUCUCCUGCUUCGGCUCAUCCACGAAUUAAAAGCACUAAUGCACAAGUAAAUAUUCAGGUAAGAGACAAAGAAACUGUUCAUACUCGAAUUCCUCUAGCUAAUUAUAACGAAAUUAAUCAAACACAACAUAGUCAUUAUAUGAUUUCCUCGACCAUAGGCAUCACCGCAAUAUUGUUAAUCAGUGUUCUCAUAUAUCUUCCCUAGCCUAAAUAACCAGUGUUCUCGCACAGCUACAACUACGAACAACAUAUAUAUAGUAUAAUGUCAUCAACCCCGUCAACUCUUUUUUUUUUUUUUAACAAAUAAGCUCACUUUUAUUCCAACGCUUUCAAGAAUAAGCUCACUUUUAUUCCGCAAGUGAGUUCAACGUCGAGGCGUACAAACUCAACGUUGACCCACGGUACGGUAUUGAUUGGAUGACUAAGAUCAACUCAUGGUGUUGGUUGGUUUGUGAUCUGUAAUAGAAACGACUUGCCAAUCGUUCAAUAUGCCUAGCUAGCUAUAUCUAGCUAUAUGCGAAGGGAAAAACCAAAAACAAAAACAAACCAAAAAAAAAAAAAAAAAGAGGGAAGAAAACCUCUCAAGCAUCUAUAUGGGUGGAAAUUGGGGUGUGUGUGGUUACCCGCCCCACAUUUUGCGGGUAACCACAUCCACAAAUAUGGAAUUAUACUACUCACAACCCGCCCCACAGUGGGUAGUGGUUAACCACUAUCCACUGCGAGCUGGAUGUGGAUACCCACAAAAAAUUCUCUUCCUUCACCCUUUGGAUUCGUAUAUGAUAAACCUAUCGGUCGAGUGACGGCAAAAAAAACACAUUGAUUUAAAACUAAGUAAAGAAGCCCAAGACAUGGAACGAGGGAAGAUCCGAUAUUCAAAACCUCCUAAGUAGUCAACCUCCCUCUCCUCGGUUCACUUCACUCGCUUACAUGUCACUUCACUUUCUUUAGGAAAUGCAGAUUGAUAACGAGUAUGGAUUGGAGGGGAUCUAAUCUUAAUAUAUAUAGCAUCUUUAUCAGCGACAUGACUCCUUGCAUUUUUAAUUCGAAUUUUUUUGGAUAAAUGGAACUCUCUCCCGAGUUGCGAAAUUAGCGUAUUCUUACACAAAAAACUACAUAAAAGAAAGUUAAUCAAUAAAGUGUUAAAUAAACUAUAAACCACAUUUAUCGUCUUUGUUUUGUUAUAAAAUAAACAUAUACCACACGGACAAUACUUAUUUAAUAAAAGUAUCACAUACGAACACGGUGUAUUGACUUAGUUUUAUUUUAUAAAAUAAAUAUAUAUUUGAUUUUGGAGCCUACUUUAAUUUGUAGCAUUCUAUUUUUCACAUACUUUAAUAUUACAAAGUAUUAUUAAUAAAUAAAUAUACUUAGUUGGUUAUUGUGGGUUUUGUGGGUUAAUCGCUGUGGAUAGUGGUUAACCACUAACCACAAAAAUCAAUAUUUUUCUACUCACACCCAACCCACUAUCCACAAAUUGUGGAUAUGAUUACCCACAAUGUAUGCGGUUGGUGCGGUUUGUGAAUUACCCGCAAUCCGCAAACCAAACUUCACACCCCUACAUAGAGCCAUAGAGAAAGAAAUGCUCCACUGAGCGAGUAGUGACUGCUACUAGUGAUAGUGGUCUAGUGGAGCACUGAAGACAGAAAAACAAAGGUCUCUUUUCCAAAGUCAUAUAACACAAUUUCGACACAAAAAUAAAAAAGGGUUAAUUAAAUGGCUUAAGUGGA